AUGGACAGGGGCACGCUUGAGAAUCUGAUCGCAGCGCCUCACGGUGAAGCAGAGCGGCAGUGUAGAGGCGACGAAGGGCACGUCGGAGGUGGGCUUCCUCCGGAGGCGACCCAAGGCGUCGCGACCGCAGUCGGGGCCCUGACGGCGGCGCAGCGGAGACGUGAGGAGCGUGAGACCCGAAGAGAAGAACGGCGCCAGCAGCAGGGACGGAGACACGAGAGAGAUGAAGGUAGUGACGGAGAAGGUGCGGUGUGCCGGGCGGUACCAAAAAAAGAAAGUUAUCGUCUCCGUCAGCUUGAACGAGAGAAGGAAAGACUACGGAAGGAGGCGGAGGAGAAGCGAAAAGAAGAAGAAAAGCGGAAACGAGAAGAAGAUGAGUACAACCAGUGGAAGGCUACGUUCGCUGUGGAGGGAUCUGGUGAGAUGGUGAGGAACGAUGAGGAAGAAAAUCGCGAAUUGGAACGUUUUAUCGACUUUAUUAAAGUCCACAAGCUGACGGAGCUAGACGAUGUCGCAGCCGAGUUUGGCCUUCUUACCAAGGAUGUGGUCCAGCGAAUUCGGUCUCUGGAAGAGACCGGCCGUUUGAGUGGCAUUCUGGACGAUCGAGGCAAGUACGUUUACAUCACAGAACAGGAGCUGAACGCAGUUGCCGAAUUUCUCAAGUGCACAGGUCGAAUUCACAAGGUGAAGGACCUCGUUCCCGCCUGCAACCGAAUCAUUCGUCUGCGCCCCACUGACGAAGAUAAGAGGGUACUAGAGGAGGAAGAACGAAGAGCAAUGAAUCUCAUUAAACUGGAUGAUGACGUGGAACACUAA